AUGGGCUGCUACCCUUCCCACAUCUCCCACUGCAUCUCAUACACCCAAAGCGCAUCCCUUGGGAAGCACAGAAGCCUGCGCCAACCUCACAACUGCGGUUACGAGCCCGACAGCUCAUCCAAAGAGUCCCUCACAAGCACUGGGUCAUCCCCCGCACACUCACGAGCCGCAAAACGUCAAGCCUACUUCGAAUCUCGUAGCUGCUACUUGCAAGCCGCUGAAGAACUCCCCUCCCACCUCAAUUUCACAACCAGAUCCGAGACCUUCAAAAUCGGGGGUGAUAAAACCCCCGCAUUGCCACUGCCUACUUAUCAAUAUGUCGUCGACACGGAUGAGAAGCGCGCGGCUUUGUUGAGGAGCCGGAAGGUGCUGAGACACGAGAUCGCGGCACUGAGGCUUAGGUUGCGGGAGAGACAUCGGCUGUGUACGGUUGCGGCGACGGUUCCCGGGGAGAUUGAGGAUAUGCAAAGGAGGGGACGAGAGGGGGAUAUGGCGCAUGUGCUUGGUGAGUUUGUGGGGAUUGAGGAGGAGUUGGAGGGGAAGGUGAAGGAGUUGAGGGGGGUGGAGAGGGCUUUGAGGGAGGAUUGA